GGAAAAUAAAAUAAAAAAAAUAAAAAAACAAGCUGCUGUAAACACCAAAAACCAGAGAGAGAGAGAGAGAGAGAGAGAAGGAGAGACUCCUACUCAAUCAAUUUCAAAGCAACACACAAAUUUCUCUGAAACUUUUGUCCCAAAAUAAAAAAUAAAAACCCCGCGUAAUUGUUCGCGGUUUUCACAAAACUAUUCACUUCGAUUUUGAUUUUUUGUUUUCGUGAUUUUUGGGAGCAAUUGAGGUGGUGGGGUUCUGAAUUGAGGUGGGGGGAGAUUGAUUCGGCGGCGGCGUGAUCGGAAUCUGAACUUGACUGAUCGGGGGAAUUUCCGGUGUAAAUGGAUCGGAGGGAGCUUUGGGUUUUUAAUUGAGAGACAAGCAGGUAGGUUGGGUUGGGUUGUGGAUGAUUUCUGUGGGGAGUAGGGAUGCGAGGAAGGGGCUAGGGUUAGGGUUCGGAGCUGGGAGAGAGAUGGACGAUUCCGAGCUUGAAGAAGGCGAGGCGUGUUCUUCUCAAAUCAAUGAAUACGAUCCCAAUAUCGACCCCGACGUCGCUCUCGCCUACAUCGAUGAUAAAAUUCAGGAUGUUUUGGGGCACUUUCAGAAAGAUUUUGAAGGUGGGGUGGUGUCUGCAGAGAAUCUAGGGGCAAAGUUUGGUGGGUAUGGCUCAUUUUUACCUAGCUAUCAGCGGUCUCCAGUGUGGUCUCAUCCGAGGACUCCAGCAAAAAGUCAGAAUUAUGGCUUACCCAAAUCUCCCAACAGUUUAAAACUUGAGGGUGGCCAUCGUAACAAUUCUAGUUGUUAUGCUGUAUCUCAGUCUGUUGGACUUGGAACUGCUUCUGCCAGUUCCAUUUCACUCGUUGCACCGAAGGCACCAUCAGCAAACAUUCCAGUCAAACAAGAUGUGAGUGUUUCAUAUAAUCAAGCUGACCAGUAUCCUCCUGAACAGGAAUCCGCAACAAAGAGACCUAUUAAACUAUCGGACCAGAAAACUCUCAAGGUACGGCUUAGGGUGGGCUCAGAUAACUUGUCGACACGAAAAAAUGAUAUCUACAGUGGGCUUGGCCUUGACGGUACACCAUCUUCCUCACUAGAUGAUUCUUCAGAUAGUGAAGGAAUAUCUCAUGGACCUCAAGAUGCCCCAUUUGAAUCUCCCACUAGUAUUCUCCAGAUUAUGACAUCCUGUCCGGUGUAUGAGGGUAUGCUUUUGUCACCUCUUCCUGAGGAUCUAAUUUAUUUAACUGAAAAGGAUAAGGUUGCAAAAGAAGUUGGAUCUCUUCCAAGGGAUGGUUUGGAAAGAUCUGGGUUCCUAAUGAAUGGAGCAAAUACCAGGGAGGGUGGUGGAAAAAUGUCUGGGGCAAGGAAAACUAAAUCAGUUGAAAGAAAUGAUUUUUCAGCAGAAUCAAAGAGUGGGAUCAAUAAGGAUGGAAUUGGGCUUCUGGCAAACAAGGACCAAGAUGUUGAUACAUUUGCUUGUGAGGAGCUUGUUUCUAAAACCUUGAAGCUCCCACUUCUAUCCAAUUCAUACUCUUCUGUCAAUGAUGUGAAAAAGAGUAAAGAAGCAGAUAAGAAUGCUGGAAGGGAUAAAGGCUUCCCUUGUCAACCAGAAGAUGAGCCUAUAGAGCCAACAUUCAAUCAAGAGCAAAACUGGGUUGAAAAGCGAAAAGCCAGUUUGGCUGGAAAGGUUCAGGGAGAAGAUGAGCCUAUGGAGCCAACAUUCAAUCAAGAGCAAAACUGGGUUGAAAAGCGAAAAGCCAGUUUGGCUGGAAAGAUUCAGGGAGACAGAAAAGUAAGUUCUAACAAUAAUGUUUCGGUACAUUUAAAGAAAGAUGGCCAUCACAAAGGAGAGAGAGGUAAUGAAUCAGUAAAAGCCGACUCAAAUGUAUCUAAAGGGAGGAAAUCUUUAAGUACUGAAGUUGUGGACCACUCAAAGCAAAGGGUGAGUCAGAAGGGUAUAGCCCAUGAGGUAGAUGAUGUGAGAUUACUUUCUGGGAAGGAGCAGCCCUUACUUGGCGAAAAAUGGAAAUCAAAAGAAAUUCCAAGGACCCUGGUUACAGACUUUCCAAAAGAAAGCUCCAGGGUUGGUUCUUCUUCAGUGCCCAAAGUGAAGAGUGCUCAUGUGAACAAGCUUACAUCCAAUAGUGAAUCUGAAAACUUCAGAAAGGAUCUUGAUAAAAGCAGGGAUACAUAUAGAGAUUUCUUUGGGGAUGAAGAAGAAGAGAACCAAACUGAUUCAUUGCAAUUACCUUCUGAAGAUAAGCUUAAGGAGCCUGAUGCUGUUGCAAAAAGCACAUCUGCAGUUAACAUUUCAUCAAGAGAGAAACCAAAUGGAAAGAUAGUUGAUUCACAUCCUGUAACAGCUUCAAAUAUAGCUCAACGCCCUGGAAACGGACCCAUUUCUGAUGCAGCUCCUGCAACUGGGGCUCCUGCAUUAAUGGAAGACUAUUGGGUGCAGUGUGACAAGUGUCUAAAAUGGCGGCUUCUUCCGCAUGGUACAACCCCCGACAACUUACCAGAAAAGUGGCUAUGUAGCAUGCUUAAUUGGCUGCCUGGGAUGAACCGGUGUAGUGUAACAGAGGAGGAAACAACAGACAAGACAAAAGCUCUAAUUGCACAGUACCAAGUUCCUGCCCUUGGCAGUCAAAAUAAUCUUCCCAAUAAUCCUGGUGGCUUUAUGGAAGGCGUUGCACAAGCUGAUUUUCGGCACCCUGAUCAGAACCCCCAAAAUUUUGGUUUGCAUGCCAUGCCUGGCAGCGGGAAGAAAAAAAAUGGAUUGAAAGAAUUGUCAAAGGCAAGUGAUAAAGAUGGUUCUCUUCUGCUGCCAAACUCUAUGAAGAAGAACAUACAGGCAUCACUGAAGAGUAAAAGCUUGAAUGAUGUUAACCAAUCUUCACCUCUGAAUGAGCCUAAUCUUCAGCCGCUGAGCAAUUCCAGUGACUUGGCAGUGGAGAAACGGAAGCACAAGUACAAAGAGAAGCAAAAAGUUUUAGGUUCCUCUUAUGAUGGAGGCCCUCCCAACAAUUUAAAGAUUAAGAGCAGAAGGGACUUUGAUCCAGAUACUUCUAGACCACCCAAGAAAAUCAAGAGCAAUGGUAGGCGUAUGACUGAUGAAGAAUGGGCAUCAGAUAACCACGGACCAGACGGUGAGAUUGGUCCUAGCUCAAGUAGUGGUUUUCUGACUACUGAAGCAGGAAAAGAUCGAAUUAAGGAUAGGAUAGAGGCUGCUACUCUUACCAAAGUAAAAGAUGAAGUUUGUAGAGACAAUGGAUCCGUAGACAUGGGUAAUGUUUCUAGAGAUAGAACAAAAAAGAGAAAAUUGAAGGAAUAUCCUGAAAUUCAUAUGGGUUCCCUUCCAGAUCGUUCCAUUGUAGUGAAGGAGGAGUUUAGUGAGAAUGACUGUAGGAAGGAAAAGAAGGCGAGGGUAUCUAAAUCUGAGGGAAAAGAGUCCAGUGCAAGCAAAGGCAGUGGUAGAACAGACAAGAAGAGCAGCCAUUCAAAGAAGCAACAACGUGGAAAAGAUAUAAGCAGCAGACCAACUCAACGGAGUCAGAAUGGGAUGGAAUCUUUGAAAAAAGAUUUGGGAUCUGUUCAGGUUUUUGUGGCUGCCACUUCAAGCUCUUCUAAAGUUUCUGGUUCUCAAAAGACCAAAUCCAGCUUUCAAGAAAUUAAAGGUUCACCUGUAGAAUCUGUUUCAUCAUCACCUAUGAGAAUCUUAAAUCCUGAUAAGCAUGAAUUAGUACUUGGGGCAAAGGAUGAGUCACAAGACACUGGUCGUUUUGCAUUACGUAGCCCACGGAGAUGCUCAGAUGGUGAAGAUGACGGCAUGAUUGAUCGAUCUGGGACAGCAAGGAAGGAAAAAGUUUCCUCCGGGGCUUAUCGUAGGUCUGAGAAGGGGAACAAAUUGCAGGAGAAGGUGAACAAAUAUGGUGAAACUGAGAACAAAUAUGUCAGUAAGAAAGAUUUGCCGGGAAAGUCUUUGAAUGAGAGUAGUAAAAGGGAGAGCCAGUCUAAUUUUGGGGGUCGUGAUGGCCAAGAUGUUAGAGUAGAUGCUAUUUACCCAAAAGACACGAUUUCUACUCCAAAGAAGCAGCCCGAUUCUGAUAGUGAAAGGUCUUCAAAGAGGAUCCCUUCUGAAAGAACUGAUCGAGUGGAUACAGGCUCAACAAGGGGGAAGUCACUACCCUUGCCACCCUCUGGAGGAGCUCAAAAUGAGAUGAUGACUCGUUGUCCCCGACCAGUUUCUGGCUCUCACAAAGGUAAUGGAGCAGAUAUAUUACAAGUAGAUGGCUCUGAAGGUAAUGAUGUGGUCAAGGUGCAAGUACAGACCAGAAAGGCUGAUACUCAGAAUGGAACUCAGCAUACUAGUUCAAGACAUCGUGCACAGAAUGGGCACAGGGGCAGGGAUCUUGAUGCCCCUAGUCCAGCUAGAAGGGAUUCUUCCACCCCGGCUUAUAUCACUGUUUUAAAAGAAGCUAAAGAUAUGAAACACCUUGCUGAUCGUCUCAAGAACUCUCAGUCAAAUGAUAGUACAGGGCUUUACUUCCAGGCGGUCCUCAAAUUUCUUCACGCUGCAUCUCUCUUGGAAUCUCCCAACAUUGACAGUGGCAAGCAAAAUGAGUCCAUGCAAAUUUAUAGAAGCACUGCGGCACUAUGCCAGUUUUGUGCUCAUGAAUAUGAAAAAUCCAAAGACAUGGCUUCUGCUGCUUUAGCCUUCAAAUGCUUGGAGGUGGCUUAUCUGAAGGUGAUAUACUCAUCGCAUUCCAAUGCAGGCAGAGAUCGACAUGAGUUACAAACAGCUUUACAUAUGGGUCCUCCUGGUGAAUCUCCAUCUUCCUCUGCCUCUGAUGUUGAUAACUUGAACAAUCCCUCAGCAGUAGACAAGGUUGCCUUACCCAAGGGUGUUAGCUCACCCCAAGUUGCUGGAAACCAUGUAAUUGCUGCUCGAAAUCGUCCCAAUUUUGUGCGCAUGCUGAAAUUUACACUAGAUGUACAUCAUGCAAUGGACGCAUCAAAGAAAUCACGUGUUGCUUUUGCAGCUGCUGAUACAAAAAUGGGAGAAGCUAAGUAUUCUGAAUGCAUCUCUUCCAUUAAAAGGGCUCUUGACUUUAACUUCCAAGAUGUAGAGGGAUUACUACGUUUGGUACGGCUUGCAAUGGAAGCCAUUGGCAAUAGCCGUCAGAAGAGUCCAGACGGUGGUGGGGAUGAUUCUAAUCUAUGAAGAUGUCUAUUGGUUAAUCCUUGGGUCUCAUGCGGUGAAGGGGUGACCUGGAUAUUUCUGCUGAACAGCUUGGAACUUCUACUGGGGGAUCUGGUUGUCACUAAAGUUGUUUCUGUUCAUAUAUACUGAGGAUCUCUUAUUCAAUUUAUUCGAUGUGAUCCUAGAUCUAUUUUCCAUCACCAGAUGGGUCCCAAGCAGAUCAUCAGAUCUCAAUAACCAAUAGUCAUUUCGAGGAUUUUGAGCCAUCACUAAGUAAGGCUUUUCUGAAGGGAUUCAGAGCAGCAUUCAAAAGGUGGAUAUGAAGAAUGUGAAGGAAGAUAUAAUAGUUGUAUAUAACGAUGAGAACCAUAGGUUCUAAAUCAUUGGGGCUUUCUUUUCCUCAGACAGUACUUAUCUUGACAAUCUGUUAUCUGCAUUGCAACUCUGCCAGCAUAUGCACGAAAUGUCUGAUCAUUACCAUACUGGCACUGUGUAAAGAUAGCUGAAAAAAUGGAAGUUGCAGGUUGCUUCUUCACUUUGUUGUAAUUGGGACAAUUAACCUUGCUGCCGUAAUAGAGACUGAAUCAGAAAACUGUAUAUAUGAGACAAAUUAUCAUCAGUGCUAUCCAUGUAGCCCAGUGCUGGGGUUCUGCUUUUCUUACCUCAAAGUGGCAACUAUUGUAUAUAAAAGACCAUCUGUGUGAAGAGAAGGAAAGGUGGAUAUUUUUCAGGUCCUUCCUUCAGAUCUCACAGGUUGAGCGACUGGGGCACUUACAGCUAUAGGUAGUACUGAAUUUAAUGUGAUAUUCUUGUUUGGAUUUUUCUCUGAUGUUAGUGUAUAGUAUAAUUUACCCAUAGCAAUAACAUUUAUUUAGGUUUAGAUAAUAAAGUUUAAUUAGCUGAAUUGGCCACUGGAUGUAUCAAUAAAAUUCAUCUCCAGUGAUUAACGGAGCAUAUCAAUAAAGUUACCUCUUCAUUUCCA